UUCAUAUCUUUGAAUGUGUGCUAUCAUUGUUAUUAUUUAAAACACGCACAAUACAUGUCAUAAAACAGUAUUAUGGUAAUGUAUAUGAAUUUAUGUCCUUAAAGUACGAGGCUCGCAAAUAAUGGGCUACAUUUUGUCUGCACGCUGUAUACAUUCUAUUCCAGGAAAUGCUGGUAGCGUGAAGUAAAGUCGAAAACAUUUUUUUAAUUCGACUAUAUAUUUGACAAAAUUAACUUACCUACGUAACACGUUGUCGUAGCUUCCAUAUCCAAAAACCGAGAAUCACUACAUCAUCUUUGGGCCUACAUGGAACAUUAAAAUGGCGAAUUUAAGAACGCUUUUCCUACCGUUUAUUUUUUUGGAAUAAAAAUUCAACGCAGGCUUAAUUCACUGCAUAACACACAACAAGGCCAUAAAUGAGACGCUAUACGAUAGAUGAUAUAACAAAAGCACUGUCACGGUGAAUAAAUGGUUUUGAUUUCUAUCAAACCAAAUAACAGAUUGCCUUGACCUUCGCUCGCACACUUUUUUUAACCUAAUUUAGGGAGAAUCUUUUCUAAGGGUCUAAUAGUCUAUGCUCAAGGCCUAUUACAACCAGAACCUUUAUUCAAGAAAAAUUCAUAAUAAACAUGACAUAGUGAAUAAUUAUUUCAUGACUAUUAUUCAAUUACCCGAUAAGCAGAGUUUAUAGCAGCGGGGAUUGUAUCUACAAACAAAACGUAUUUAAUUUCAGUACUACUGUAUCUACUUUACUCUGGAAUAAAUAGAAUUUAUCUUCCAGUAUUCAGUCGUUGACACAGACCUAACCCUGAGACCCAAAAUAAGGGUACAUUUAUUUAUGUGAAACAGUUUUAAUCUUACAUAUGUAACAGAUAGCAUUAUAGGUCGUUGAAGGAAGUCGCUUUUGUAACUAAGCAUCACCAUAAUUCUUUGCCUCGAUGCAGUAUGAAUUUAAAUCAAUCCUGAACAGUUUAGCGUAUUUAACUAGAUUUGUUAUUACAUUGUACUCAUUUAGAAACCAGGUACACGGACAAAGAUAUUUGCAUCGACAUAGACAUUUUAGCAUUGCACUUUGAUAACAACUAAUGCAACAAAACGCAUGAACAGUUGGUUUAUUUGGGUAAAAUAAGUUCAAACUGAUUUCUCAAUUCUAUUGAGUUUGGUCCUAUUAGGCAUUUUCUAUUUGAUUUUUUUUAGUUCAUUAAAGUUAUUUGUAACCAUGAAUAGAACAAAAAAAGAUAACCUUAAAUAUUCUUUCUCUAAACGAGGCGAAUCGGGUGCACGCUACUUAGCUACUUAGACGAAUAAUGACAUUUUACUUUAUUAUACAAGGACUAAACAUUUUAAUGAUUAUAGCCUUUAUCAAUGUACAGAUCCACGGUGGUAGAGGCGACUAUGAAAAAGACCGGAUAUCGACCUAACAUGCAGAAUAUUACAUACUAUAUCUUGUGCAUCGACUUGUUUCAUUACCUUUGUCUGUACAGCUUACCUCAAACCGGUUUUUAUACGCAUGUACAUGUAACUCGUGUAGCAGGAUUUAGAAAUUAGGCCGAGCGUUACCAUGCCAGCGGUUCUCUUAUUGGCAAACCAUAUUGCUAGACAAAGGAAACAUGUAGCCUAGAAGAAUAAGUGGAUGCUCCAGUUUAGUGACAUAUAUCGACAAAUUUAAACCUGGUAGACUGAUUUUCUGCAAGAUGUCAAUGCUCCCCACAAAUCAGGAAAGUUACUUCUUCGAGUGGAUUUCUCGAUCGCAGCGAUUGAGCUAAAAUAAUGUAAAUCAUUUUCAAUUGCUUAUUUUAGCUUGCCUGCGCUUGUUACCUAUACGGAAGUCGUAUUGUUAUGUCGAUAGAUAAAUUUCUGCUUGCUAUGUUAAGCUCGAGGGAUACGACAUUAUCGAAUUUUUCAAGGAAGUCAGACCUUGGAUUGUGCAUAUUUGCAAACAUGAGCAAUAUCCGGGUUCUGCAAAAGGAAAUCAUGUGUCUUAUUUUACUGUGUAAUUGUAUUAUUAAACAAUAAUGUCUUCCUUGAUUGGGGAAUAUGGUCGAAUAAUUUAAAAUAUGGCGGACAAAUCUUAUCUGUUAGGUGAAGCUGCUCCAUAGCAUACCCUUUCAGUCCAGCGAUGUUUUCGAAGUGCACUAAUAAAUUUAAGUAAAACGUUUCCAAAUGUGAACGAUUCUAUGAAGUAGGAGGCUUUUGUAGGUUUCCGCCAGAAUUUCUUCUGCUGAUUUUUUGGUGCUUUUUUUUUCAACGCCUUUACUGUGGCUCUUUGUGCUAGCCUUGAUGGCCUUGAAGUGUCUAUUUUGUCGGUUUCUUUGAAAUAUGUAGAACCUUUUUUGAUUGGUCCGGCUAUUGUAUUUGUAUUCAUUGGCAGCGGGUAUAAAGUUGAUGCACCAAGGUCACAGGAUUCGAUACAAAUACAUUCCUGAACCGUGCAAGCAACUACAGAAAGAAUAUUUUUUUAAAUCAAGAUUUAUUUUUUCUCCUGUUUUGCAGGACGCCUUUUUAAUUGAACGGAAUGCACUUUUAGUGGCAUUGUCAAGUUGUGGGAUUUCAUGGUCUAUGGCGGACAGUCCUAUGUUUUCCCGGCUCAGUUGUAUUUAAACAGUAAGAUGGCCAAUUUUUAAUUAUAACAUAGGUUUAACGGCUAUACGCGUUAUAGUGUAUUUAAUUCUGAGCUAGUUCGUGCAUAUAGUGAUAAAGGCGAUACAAUUAAAAGACGGAUCCGUAUCUUUAACUGUUGGCUUGUUUGCCGAUCGUUCAGUUCUCUGCCGUUUGGCUUUAAAGGUCGACAAACGAAUGACACAUUCUCUUUCAAUCUUUGUAGAUUUGUCAACGUACUAAUUCAGAGAACACUACGCGUGAAUGCAUAAGAACUACGUAUAUAUCUAGUCUAAACAGCUUUCGCGAAACUUCAAUGUAGCAUCGACUAUUUUUCUAUCAUAGUUAUAAAUCACUAAACACAUAAUUCCACGCGUUUCUCGGCAUAGAAAUAUUUGACCAUUGUGUCCUCGGAAGAUGAAGCGUGACAAAAUGAUACUUGAAACUCAAUAAUAGAAUUACAAACAAGAUUAAAUAAGCGUUUGAACUUCGAUGCCCUGUGAUGUCAUAAAGUAUUGCCUCUGACUACGAUUCGGAUUAAAAAAGAGAAAUAUUUAGAGAUAAAGAAGUUACUUCGAAUUCAUUCAUGCAUCCCCUUGUAUAGUCUACUUGACAGCAGCGAGUAGCCGUACUGUUUGUUUUGUAUUAAUUAACUGAGCCACUUUUUGCCGCCUUAAUACUGCGGGGAGUUAUAACCGCAUCGAUUGCCACAACUGGUAAGCUAUAAGAACGAAAAUUACUACCAUAUUUUUGGCUGUACACCACUACUGUCCGUGUAAUUUUCUCGUCUAGCAAGAGCAACCCAUCCAUAUAUGCACUUUUGCCCUAGUGGCUUAAGUUCUUGACGAUUCAGCUGAAGAAUAGAGAACGUGAAGAUGUUGGCCAGGUGCUCGAAAUUCAUGUUGGUAGCGUUCAACAUCACCUUUGUGUUGCUUAGCAUAGGAAUAGCAACAGUUGGGGGCCUUGGAUUAUAUUUCAUGCAAAAGUCGGGUUAUGCCAUCGGCGAUAACUACGUCAGCAUACCUAUUUUACUCAUUUUCAUCGGCUCAACAGUAUGCACGCUAGCUUUUAUUGGAUGUGUUGGUGCCCUUUGCGAGAGCGUCGGAUUGCUAAUUACGUACGCCCUGCUAACUUUCCUCGUGCUGGUCGGUGAGGCUGUUGUGGUUAUUCUGGCUAUUACCCACAGAAGUCAGACAGAGAGCAUCGUCGGAGAGACCUUGAAUAAAACGCUGGUGGAUUACUGGAAGAACUCGAAGAUAAAUUCAGCGAAGGCCGCCUGGGACUUUGUACAAACUAAACUCGAAUGUUGCGGGGUUUACGGCCGUCACGAUUGGAAAGCCCAAGGCCUUUUACCGCCCAGUUGCCAAAACUUCACCACCGGGUGUCUACCAGCAAUUGAAAAGAAACUAAAUGAAUUCAUCCCACAUAUAAUUGUCUUUGCUUCUUUGUUUUGUGCAGUAGAAGUUGCAACAAUCUGUGCUUCUUGCGCGUUGGCCCUUAUACCGAAAAGUAAUUAAUCAUCGUCAGGAGCAUUACUCAAGCCAAUCUGAACGACACUUUCGACAAUAUUAUGGUUUUAUUGGAUAGGCGAGGAAAAAUACAUUUGGCUAUAUAUGAGUGAGGAACUUG